AAUAUUUGGCCAAUCUCUUUUCCGAUUCUGGAAGUUUGUCUGUGGAAUGAAUACUGGUCGCAAACAAGACACAAAUCUUAGUCUCCUUUAGUGAUGGAUUCUCAGUAUUACCCUUUUAACUCAGCUAACGGCGGCUUGGAUGCGGACGGCGGCAUCCGCCAACGAACAGUGUUUUCAGGAUUGAAGGCGGUAUUGAAGUACGUCUUUUACGCCGUCCUGGUCCUGCUGCUUUUGGCUCUGCUGACUGUCAUAGGGGUGAAAUUCUCUCAGCUGAACAAGGAAAUCACCGAUGUCAAACUACAACUCAAGACGAUCGGCAGUAAAGGACCAACUUCGCUUUCUGCUUCAGGUUCAAAACCAGCAACGGAGGCCCUGUUGGAGAGACUUGUUCCAACUAGAGGGACGUGCAGGCAGGGAUGGGGGAAUUUCCAGGGACGGUGUUAUCUGCUCUCCACCGCCACCGCGACGUGGCAAAGAGCAGAAGAUCAGUGUAAAACCCUCGGAGGCCACCUGCUAGUUCUCAACAAUGAGGAGGAGCUGGACUACAUCUCAAGGAUAGUGGAAAUCAAAUAUCACUAUUGGAUUGGACUCGUGGAGCGACAGCAUGAGGGCGAAUGGAGCUGGGUGGACGGAACCGACUACGACUCAACCCCAAAAUUCUGGGACCAAGGUCAACCGGACAACUGGGCCUUCAGAGAGAACGGAGAGGACUGCGGGCAGCUGCAUGGCUCCCUGAAACGCAAGCUCAAGCUGUGGAACGAUGCAGAUUGUAGCCUGUUGUACAGGUACAUCUGUGAAGCCACGGCAUGAGAGACAGCUGGAACUUAUGUGCAGUUGAUGCUUUGCUGAUGCAAGGUGGUGAAACACGGUGGUGGUGGCAGCAGUGUGCUGUGGGGGUACUUUUUUUUCUAUUUCAGGGAGAUGGAAGCUGGUCAGAAGUGAAAAGAAGAUGGCUGGAGCCAAAUACAGUGCAAUCCUGGGAAACAAAAUCUAGGGGGGUGUGGAAGACUUGAGUACAAACGCAUGCCACACUUCUCAGAUUUUUAGAAAUAAAACAAAAGCAUUUGUUAUUUCUGAAACCACGUCACAGUUAUGCACCACUUUUUAUUGAUCUUUUACAUAGAUUCUGAUAUAUACACUGAAGUUUGUGGUUCUCAUGCUACAAAAUGUGAGUACUUUUGUGAGGCAUUGUGAAUGCCAUAACAUGCACAUGAGGGUGAGCAGCUAAUGUGCUUGUUAGGAUGUGAGAACACAGGGCAAUAAUUCCCAGAGUUCCUAUGGAGUAUGGUGAGUUAACCCUAACCCUUGGUGCUUUUCGCUUUUUUCUGGAAACAGACGUUCAGAGAACCAGUGAUAAUAGUAGUUGAAAUUCUCUCAUCUGUCCACCAGAUGGCAGCAUUAACCACCUCCUCUCGACAAGAAGACUGUUAAUGGCUUUGAUUUCUUAGAAUAAAGUAUCGCAAGCGUUUGCGACAGGAACUCAAAUGAGCAGGAGUGUGACAAUGAUGUAAAUAUAAAGAUUCAAUACAUUUUCUAAUAAUUGGCUUGCCUUGAAAUGAAAGAAAUUCUGCUUCUCUACCUGCUAUUAAAAAGCAAUUUAGGAUUUGUUGCCAUUGAAAUUACUAAAAUUGUUAUUAAGUAAAGUAUAUUUGUGUUCCUGAGACUUUCAAACCAUGUUACGUUUACAACUCUGAAUUAGUUAUAGAAAACAUUUUAUUCAGGUGCAUAUCAGCUAAUUCAAAAGAACUUCUCAAAACGAAUGAUGUACUUUCUGUUAGUUACCUCAGUAAGAUUUUUGAAAUAAUAUAUUCAAGAUCAGUAUGUUUUUUGGUUUUGUUUUUUCAAAACUUUAAAAGCAUUUCGUUCAUAACCUUGGGCUUCCAGCUAUUGUUGUGCAGUAUUCUAUUUAGUAUUUGGAAACUGUCUCUCCCUAAAACAUUAAACCAAAGUUUGAGUAAAUAUGGUAUUGAUGAUGUGAUGUGUCGUAAAUAAACGUUUUCAUGAUCAGCCCGAUCAAUCACUGUUA